GACAGCGCAGGACUUUGGGAAGCCUGAUGAGACACCUGACAGUGUGUGACUGUGCGUGUUGCAGGCGGAUGGUCAGCCAGGCAGCCAUGCGAGGCCAGCGUGUGAUGUGGAGCGACUGUAGGUGUUGGAACCCGGCCGUCUGGCUGCUGCUGUCCCUGCUGGGAUCCCUCGUCUUGGUGGCCGUCAGCGUGCUGCUGCGACUCGGAGACCUGAAAAUCAGCAAACGGGAUGUAUACACCCUUGACAUCGAAGAUUCUGUGGGGAUGCAAUACCAAGUACAACUAGUGAAUGGACAAAACAAGUGUGAAGGCAGAGUGGAGGUGUUCUACAAUAACUCUUGGGGCACGGUGUGCGACGACGACUGGGACAUGGUGGACGCCAACGUGGUGUGUCGGCAGCUGGACUGCGGAGUGGCGGUGGCGGUGGGCAGCAGCUCUCGGUUUGGACAAGGAGCAGGGCUCAUCCUGCUGGAUAACGUGGACUGCAGAGGAGGGGAGAAAGAGCUCAGCCAGUGUCGCAGUCUGGGUUGGGGCAUCCACAAUUGUUACCACUAUGAGGAUGUGGGUGUUACCUGCAAAGGACCAGUGGGGUCAAAAGGUUUUGAGGAACGCACCACACUGCCCUCGGUGAACAUCGGUUUACAAGACGGAGUUGUCCGUCUGAUGAAUGGACAGAACUCCUGCCAGGGCCGGGUAGAGAUCUACUACCAGGGAGUCUGGGGGACGGUGUGUGAUGAUGACUGGACCCUCAACAAUGCUCGGGUGGUGUGCCAGCAGAUCGGCUGUGGCAGUGCCAUCUCUGCACACUCCAACUCCUACUUUGGCUACGGAACGGGACAGAUUUUCCUGGACAACGUCAACUGCUUCGGCACAGAACCUGACCUGUCGAAAUGCAGAACACUUGAAUGGGGCAAACACAACUGUGGCCAUCAUGAAGACGCUGGGGUCACCUGCAGCGAAUCCACCACUGUACCUCCUGUGACCACAGAAAACCAGAGAGCCCUGUGGGCAACGUCUAACACUGAAGCAACAGAAAUCGUUCCAGUCACCAUGACACCGGCUACAACAACUGUUACCACAACUGCCCAGCCAAGAGGCAAACCAGUCAUCCGAUUGGUGGAUGGUAACAGCAGCUGCCAGGGUCGUGUGGAGGUCCAGUUCAGGGGUAUUUGGGGGACGGUGUGUGACGAUGGCUGGGACAUGCUUAAUGCUAAAGUGGUGUGCAGGCAGCUAGGCUGUGGGCCGCCUGUCAGGGCGACAACCAAGGCCCACUUCGGCUACGGUCCGGGUCCGAUCCUGCUGGACAAUGUGGAAUGUGGUGGUUUGGAAGUGGAGCUGUCUCUCUGCUUCCACCUGGGCUGGGGUCAGCACAACUGUGGCCAUCAUGAGGACGCUGGAGUUAUAUGUCAACCUCCUGAAUUCCUCGUUGCAUAUGGACGAGAACUCCAAAUAAUAGAAACGAUACCUACCACCACAACCACCACACAACCCUCUGAAGGAGCAGUUAGACUGGUGGGUGGCCAGCACCGGUGUGAGGGUCGGGUGGAGAUUUACCUAAAUGCUGGAUGGGGUACUGUGUGUGAUGAUGCUUGGGACCUCCCCGACGCUCAGGUUGUGUGUCUCCAGCUGGGCUGUGGGGAGGCCACGGCGGCUCGGGGAGAAGCUUUCUUUGGGCCCGGCGAAGGAACAAUCCUGCUGGACAAUCUCAAAUGCGUCGGUACGGAGUCCUCCCUGCAGGAGUGCUCCCAUAUAUCCUGGCACGUGCACAACUGUGACCACUCUGAAGAUGCUGGUGUCACCUGCUCACUGUCGUGAUUUCAGCAGAACCACACUCUCAUUUCCACCGUGGACAGGAAGUGGGUGUACCAACCUGGGACUUGUAUGCAUUUUGUAAAUAACAGCUUUCACUUUGCUGAAGGAAUACUCCCCCACCAACAACAUUAAACUAAUAUGAAAAUAUAUGAUUACAUACUAUAAACUAUCUAUGCCUAAUAAGCACUUUAUAAAUAAAUAUAUGAUAUAAAAUAUAAUGUACACAGUUUUUUUAUUUGAUAAACAAAGAAAACAAAGCUUUCUUUCGCUGUCUUUCUCUCUCUCUUUUGCCCCAAAAUAUUCAAAUAUUUACUGUAAAUGUGAUUCUUUGAUGAUUAAGUAAGGAAUGUUUGGAGGGAGUUCCCUAAUUAUUAAUUAUGUGGAUGAAAGGAGAUGAUUAUGUUGACUUCGGGUCCAAAAAUGUGCGAAUACAUAUGAUAAAAGAAAGAAAAACAAAUGGAAACAAACUGUAUACAAACCACAAGAAACAUCCAUAAAUGUGCUAUAUCUUGUGAAUAUACAGCAUCACUCCAUCUACAAAUGAAUGAUGUGCUACUUGUGCUCUGUAAACCAUCAUAUGAAUAAAUGUACCUAAUAAUCAUUUACAUGUGACAAAA